AUGUCUCUCUACAAAAUACGUGUUGCCGACUUGGAGAACAUCAUGGAACAGGAUGAGAUUGACCUAAAAACACUUCAAAGUUUCUGCUUCAACGGCAUUCCGGAUUGUAACGGGUUUCGAGCGCUAUGCUGGAAGUUGCUGCUAGGGUAUUUGAGCCCAAGGAAGUCGUCGUGGUCAGCUAAACUGACAAAACAGCGCGAGUUAUACAAACAGUUUGUCAAUGAAAUGGUGAUAUCUCCAGGGGAACAGGACGGGCCUGAAUGCAUUGAUCACCCACUGAGCGACGGACCCGAAAGUAACUGGAGCACAUUUUUCAGGGAUAACGAAGUGCUGCUGCAGAUUGAUAAGGACGUCCGACGAUUGUGUCCAGAUAUAUCAUUCUUCCAACAAGCGACUGAAUUUCCAUGCGAAUUCGUGAAAGAGCGUGAACGAAAACUCCACGUACGAGUCGCUCCGACAACGCUUAGCUCAGCAAAUGUCGAACGAAAAGGAAUCGGCAUGACGAAGAUUAAUCUCAUCACGAAACGCGCCACGGAAAGUUACGAAGCGAUGGAUGCCGGUCAGGAGGCGCAUUGGGAGGUGGUCGAGCGGAUAUUAUUCCUGUACGCCAAACUCAAUCCGGGCCAGGGUUAUGUUCAAGGCAUGAAUGAGAUCAUCGGGCCAAUCUAUUACGUGUUCGCAUCGGAUCCUCAUCUCGAGUACCGGCAGUACGCCGAAGCGGAUUGCUUUUUCUGCUUCACCGCUCUGAUGGGCGAAAUACGAGACUUUUUUAUCAAAACGCUCGACGAGUCGGAGGGUGGCAUUAAGGGCAUGAUGACAAAACUGUCGAACCUGUUGCACGAGCAGGACGCCGAAGUGUGGGAGCGAUUGCGGGAGCAGGAACUCUAUCCGCAGUAUUACAGCUUUCGAUGGUUAACGUUGCUAUUGUCGCAGGAAUUCCCACUGCCAGAUGUGUUGCGCAUAUGGGAUUCCGUGUUCGCGGAUCACAAGCGGUAUGACUUCCUCAUUAAAAUUUGCUGUGCUAUGAUACUUUUACUACGGGAUCAAAUCUUGGAGAAUGACUUCGCAAACAACGUGAAAUUGCUGCAAAAUUUUCCACUCAUGGACAUUAACGUCGUGUUACGAAGGGCGACCUGUCUAGACUAGCGGUUUCAGCGAGUAUGCAUGUCACUUUUUGAUAAGUUCGUAUUUCUCAAUUUUUUACAACACUUACACUCAACGCGUUCCAAUAAAGUGGACCACUUCCACGUACCCGCAGAAUUU